AAAAAAGACGAAGAAGAAAGGGAAGGAAGGAUAAAAUUGUGAAUUUUUUUUUUUAAUUAUCGCAUUCCCUCCAUAUAAGGCUGUUGAGGAAUCGCGUAAUCUUCGUGUUUGAGCUUUGUAUGUGCUUUUCUGCUUGUUUUGGAAGGAAGCCUUCGGCUUUUUCCGACGACUUGAGGAUCUCUCUCUGCAAAUUUUCGCUUCGAUUGUAUCUCGUGUUUGGCCAAAAAAACUUUCUCGGAGGCGUUUUGGCCUUCCAAGUAAUGUAAUUUACUCAUCUUUUUUGUGUGGUUGGGAUUUCGGUUGUUUCGGAGGUGAUCUGUUGAGAGGCUUUUUUGGCUUUGAAUCGGAGUUAGAAGCAUGAUUUCUUGUUGAGGAGAAAAGGAGGUUGUUUCAGAAAUGAAGAGGUCCAGAGACGACGUUUACAUGGGUUCUCAACUCAAACGCCCUAUGGUUUCCUCUCGUGGAGAACCGUCUGGGCAACCCCAAAUGAUGGGAGGAGGUGGCUCCCAGAAACUUACAACAAAUGACGCACUGGCAUAUCUAAAGGCCGUGAAGGACAUAUUUCAGGACAAACGGGAAAAAUAUGAUGACUUUCUUGAAGUAAUGAAAGAUUUCAAGGCUCAAAGAAUUGACACUGCGGGUGUUAUAGAGAGGGUGAAGGAUUUAUUCAAGGGACAUAGAGACUUAAUUUUGGGUUUCAAUACAUUCUUGCCAAAAGGAUAUGAGAUUACCCUACCACUUGAGGAUGAUCAACCUCCACAAAAGAAACCCGUCGAAUUUGAAGAAGCUAUCAACUUCGUCAACAAGAUUAAGAAUCGGUUUCAAGGUGAUGAUCAUGUUUAUAAAUCGUUUUUAGACAUUUUGAACAUGUACAGAAAGGAAAACAAGUCCAUUCAGGAGGUCUACCAUGAGGUUGCAACACUAUUUCAUGAUCACCCAGACCUGCUUGUGGAGUUCACUCAUUUUCUACCCGAUGCUUCAGCAGCAGCUUCCACUCAUUAUCCUCCAUCUGGUAGGAAUUCUAUGCUCCGUGAUAGGAGCUCCGCCAUGCCCACUAUGCGGCAAAUGCAUGUUGACAAGAAAGAUAGGAUCUUGGCUUCACAUGGAGAUCGUGACCUUAGUGUUGACCGUCCUGAUCCGGAUCAUGAUAGAUCCCUAAUGAAGGCAGACAAAGAGCAGCGCCGGCGGGGGGAAAAAGAAAAGGAAAGGAGAGAAGACCGAGAAAGAAGGGAACGCGAACGAGAUGAUAGAGAUUUUGAGCAUGAUGUCAGCAGGGACUUCAACCUGCAGCGGUAUCCCCACAAAAGGAAGUCUGCACGUAGAGUUGAAGACUCAGCCGGUGAACAAAUUCAUCAAGGUGGGGAUGGUGAUGAGAAUUUUGGAUUGCGUCCCAUUUCAUCCUCAUACGACGACAAAAAUUCUGCAAAAAGUAUAUAUAGUCAAGAGUUUGCAUUCUGCGAGAAGGUGAAGGAGAAGUUACGAAAUGCUGAUGAUUACCAAGAAUUUUUGAAGUGCCUGCAUAUCUAUAGCAAGGAAAUUAUAACACGAUCUGAAUUGCAAUCUUUGGUGGGUGAUCUACUUGGAAGAUAUCCAGAUCUUAUGGAUGGGUUCAAUGAAUUUUUGGCACGUUGCGAAAAGAAUGAUGGGUUCCUUGCCGGUGUCAUGAGUAAAAAAUCUUUGUGGAAUGAUGGCCAUGUGCCUAGACCAGUGAAGGUAGAGGAUAGGGAUAGAGAGCGUGAUCUUGAAAGAGAUGAUGGGCUUAAAGAUAGAGAUCGUGAAAACAGAGAAAGGGAUAGAAAUGACAAAGGUGCUGUGUAUGGGAAUAAAGAUGUUGGAAGUCACAAGAUGUCUAUAUUUCCCAGCAAGGAUAAGUAUUUUGGAAAACCUAUCAAUGAACUUGACCUUUCCAACUGUGAGCGUUGCACUCCUAGCUACCGUCUUCUGCCAAAGAAUUAUCCAAUACCAUCUGCGAGUCAAAGAACUGUUCUUGGUGAUGAAGUAUUAAAUGACCAUUGGGUAUCUGUCACUUCAGGAAGUGAAGAUUACUCAUUUAAACACAUGCGCAAAAACCAGUAUGAAGAAAGUCUGUUCCGAUGCGAAGAUGACAGGUUUGAACUGGACAUGUUGCUAGAGUCUGUCAAUGUGACAACCAAGCGUGUAGAAGAACUCCUGGAAAAGAUCAAUAACAAUACGAUCAAGACAGAUAGCCCAAUUCGUAUUGAAGAUCACUUCACAGCUCUGAAUCUGAGGUGCAUUGAACGGCUGUAUGGUGAUCAUGGGCUUGAUGUGAUGGACGUGUUGAGGAAGAAUGCUACUCUUGCUUUGCCUGUAAUAUUAACCCGUUUGAAGCAAAAACAAGAAGAGUGGGCAAGAUGUCGUGCUGAUUUCAACAAAGUUUGGGCUGAAAUAUAUUCAAAGAACUAUCACAAAUCACUUGAUCAUCGUAGCUUCUAUUUUAAGCAACAGGACACGAAGAGUUUGAGUACAAAAGCCUUAUUGGCAGAGAUAAAAGAAAUAAGUGAGAAGAAGCGGAAGGAAGAUGAUGUUCUUCUUGCUAUAGCUGCUGGAAAUAGAAGACCAAUCAUUCCAAACUUGGAAUUUGAGUAUCCUGAUCCUGAUAUCCAUGAAGAUUUGUAUCAGCUCAUCAAAUAUUCAUGUGGAGAAGUUUGUACGACUGAGCAGUUGGAUAAAGUUAUGAAGAUAUGGACAACCUUCCUGGAACCCAUGCUUGGUGUUCCUUCGCGACCGCAGGGCGCAGAGGACACAGAAGAUGUCGUUAAGACAAAGACUCAUGCUGUCAAAAGUGCUCCUGGAAGUGCGGGAGAGAGUGAAGGCAGUCCUCGAGGUGGCACUACUGUUGUGAAUUCCAAACAGUUAAAUCUUUGCAGAAAUGGAGAUGAAAGUAUUCCGCCUGAACAAUCAAGUUCUUGCAGAACUUGGCCUGCAAAUGGAGAUAAUGGCAACAAGGAAGAUAGUUCUGUUGAUGUGGAUCGUGCACGUAAAGAUGAGCCUUCCAGUGCCGCUGGACAUGGGAAACUGCAGAUUCAUGUAUCUACGGCCGAUGAAGCAUCUGGAGUCAACAAACAAGACCAUCCUAGUGAACGGUUAGGCAAUUCAAACACUUCACAUGCCACUGGUGUGGAGCAAAGUAAUGGAAGAAACGUAGAGGACACAUCAGGUCUUAGUGCUACUCCUUCCAGGCCGGGUAAUGGUACUGUUGAUGGUGGACUUGAGUUUCCUUCAUCAGAGGGUUGUGAUUCUACGAGACCUGUUAUAUCUUCAAAUGGGGCUGUGACAGAAGGCACCAAAAGUCAUAGAUAUCAAGAAGAAUCUGUUGCGCAUUUCAAGGUUGAAAGAGAAGAGGGUGAAUUAUCUCCUAAUGGAGAUUUUGAAGAGGAUAAUUUUGCAAAUUAUGGGGAGGCUGCUUUGGAAGCAGUGAAUAAAGCAAAGGAUGGUGCUGUUAGUAGGCAAUAUCAAAACAGACAUGGAGAGGAAGAAUUGUGUUGCGGGGAGGCAGGAGGAGAGAAUGAUGCAGAUGCUGAUGAUGAAGGGGAGGAAAGUGCUCAGAGGUCAUCAGAGGAUAGUGAAAAUGCUUCUGAGAAUGGUGAUGUUUCAGGAAGUGAGUCUGGUGAUGGUGAAGAGUGUUCUCGUGAAGAGCACGAGGAAGAUGGGGAGCAUGAUGAGCAUGAUACAAAGGCCGAGAGUGAAGGUGAGGCUGAAGGGAUGGCUGAUGCCCAUGAUGUUGAGGGAGAUGGAACGUCAUUACCCCUUUCUGAACGUUUUCUACUGACUGUGAAGCCUCUUGCAAAGCAUGUUCCUCCCGCUUUGCAUGAUAAAGAGAAGGACUCUCGUGUUUUUUAUGGAAAUGAUUCUUUCUACGUGCUUUUCAGACUUCACCAGACAUUAUACGAGAGGAUACAAUCGGCUAAAAUCAAUUCAUCAUCUGCUGAAAGGAAGUGGAGGGCUUCAAGUGAUACAACCCCGACAGAUCUCUAUGCUAGAUUUAUGAGUGCGCUUUACAACUUGCUUGAUGGUUCUUCUGAUAACACAAAGUUUGAGGAUGAUUGCCGAGCUAUAAUUGGAACCCAGUCAUACGUUUUAUUUACACUAGACAAGUUGAUUUACAAACUUGUUAAACAGCUCCAAACAGUUGCUACGGAUGAGAUGGACAACAAGCUUCUCCAACUAUAUGCUUAUGAAAAAUCAAGAAAACCGGGAAGAUUUGUUGAUAUUGUUUAUCAUGAGAAUGCCCGUGUUCUUCUACAUGAUGAGAACAUUUAUCGAAUCGAAUGUUCAUCCUCACCGACCCACCUAUCAAUUCAGCUUAUGGACUAUGGACACGACAAGCCAGAAGUAACUGCUGUAUCCAUGGAUCCUAAUUUCUCGGCCUAUCUGCAUAAUGACUUCCUCUCAGUUCUUCCGGAUAAGAAAGAGAAGUCCGGGAUCUUCUUGAAGAGGAAUAAGAGCAGAUGUGCCAGUAAUGAUGAUUUUUCUGCUACCUGUCAGGCCAUGGAAGGACUUCAAGUCAUCAAUGGUCUCGAAUGCAAGAUAGCUUGCAAUUCAUCCAAGGUUUCCUACGUUUUAGACACAGAAGACUUUUUGUUUCGGACAAAAAAGAAGAGGAAAAUUUGGUACAGAAACAGUUCUUGCCACAAUCAGGUUAGGUCUUCAAAUGGCUCAAGUAGAGUACAGCGGUUUCACCGAUUGCUUUCUAGCUCUUGACAUGCCUUUCCAUGGUGCAAAGUAAAUACAAGCAAUUUGCACGGAUACUCAUACACAAGGCGCCUGAAAUCGGAGAGGAAUGAGGCGCCGUGAGUGAAUAGCUUCUGUGGAAAUUAACCUUUCAUCAUGUAUUAUCAUCGUAUUUCUGUCCCACCAAUCAAAUAAAACAGUUGAUAAAAGAGUUGAGGGAAGAGAUGACAUUGCUCGAAAGUUGUAAUAUACUGUGAGUUGGCAUCUUUAGCCACGACCUACUUGUAAAUAUAGGUCAUUGUGAUGUAAACUUUAAAGAGAUACAUGUUCAUUCAAUUCAUCUAUAUCCUUUUGUCAUCUUAUUUUGUCUAAUAAUACAUUUUUUCCCUCUAUAUUUUCCUUUAUUAUUGCUUAGCCUUCAGAAACAGUUGUAGAGGUAGAGAUGGUUGGGGAUUGUUCUCUAUUAUUUUUCUGCUACCCCUUUUUUCCCCUCUAAGAUUUGUAAUAUUGUAUAUGCCUAAUUUCUCAUUCGAGAAAUCGUCAUUUUGCUAUUAAUUGUAAGGUCCAG